AUGGCGGAGGCGGUGUCGGGACGUCACCGCACCGGGAGGUGGGCGGAGGCAGCGCGGGCACCGCCUGGCGGCGGCUGGCCCCUCGCGCGCUCCGUCCGCUCCCCCUCCCGCCCGGGCGUCGGCGUCGUCAUGGCAACGCGCGGGGGCGGGCCGGAGCCCGGGGCCGGGCCGAGGCGGCGGCGGUGCGGGAUGGAGGCGGCCGGGACCGGCACCGGGGGCUGCGCCUCGGCCCGGGAGGCGGCGGAGGCUCCUGGGUCCCCGGCCCUGCCCGCCCGGCGGGAGGAGGACGAGGAGGAGCGGGAGGCAGCGGGGCCGUGCCGCGGGCGGGCCUCGGGCGGGCGCGGAACGGAGGCGGGCGGGGGCCGAGGCCGGCGGCGGCCGCCCCGCGUCACGGUGGACAGCUCCAAGGCCAAGACGUCGCUGGAGGCGCUGAAGAUCAGCCUGAGGCAGCUGCGAUGGAGGGAGUUUCCCUUUGGCAGACGCUUGCCAUGCGAUAUCUAUUGGCACGGGGUGUCAUUUCACGAUAAUGAUAUAUUCUCAGGUCAAGUCAACAAGUUUCCAGGCAUGACGGAGAUGGUACGCAAAAUUACACUGAGUCGGGCAGUGAGAACAAUGCAAGAUCUGUUUCCUAUAGAAUAUAACUUCUACCCUCGAUCCUGGAUUCUGCCAGAAGAAUUUCCCCUCUUUGUGGAUGAGGUUCAGAUGAUGAAAGAGAGCGAUCCGUCCUGGAAGCCCACUUUUAUUGUAAAACCUGACGGAGGGUGCCAGGGAGAUGGGAUCUACCUCGUUAAAGACCCAAGCGAUGUCAGACUGACGGGAAGCCUCCAGAGCCGGCCAGCUGUGGUCCAGGAAUAUAUUUGCAAACCCCUGCUUGUUGACAAGCUGAAAUUUGAUAUUCGUCUUUAUGUCUUACUGAAAUCUUUAGAACCCUUAGAGAUUUAUAUAGCCAAAGAUGGACUUUCUAGAUUUUGUACAGAGCCCUAUCAAGAGCCCACUGUAAAAAAUUUGCACCAGGUUUUUAUGCACUUAACCAACUAUUCACUAAAUAUCCAUAGUGGGAACUUCAUCCAUUCUGACAAUGCAAACACUGGCAGCAAAAGGACUUUUUCGAGCAUUCUGUGCGGACUGUCUUCCAGAGGAGCUGAUGUCAAAAAGGUUUGGUCAGAUAUAAUUUCACUGGUGAUCAAAACAAUUAUUGCACUGACACCAGAACUGAAAGUUUACUAUCAGUCCGACAUACCGGCGGGAAAGCCUGGGCCAACUUGCUUCCAGAUUUUAGGCUUUGACAUUCUCCUGAUGAAAAACUUGAAGCCCAUGUUACUAGAAGUAAAUGCAAAUCCCAGCAUGAGAAUAGAACAUGAGCAAGAGCUCUCUCCUGGGGUAUUUGAAAAUGUCCCAAGCCCUGUUGAUGAAGAAGUGAAAGUAGCUGUUAUCAGAGACACUCUUCGUCUAGUGGACCCUCAGAAAAAGAGAAAAGAUAUCCAAUCUCAGACUUCAGAGCAUGUGUCAGAAACAAAAGAUGAGCUACUGGAUGCAGGACCAGCAGAGGGACUGGAAUAUGAUACCAGCAAAACCAGGGAGGCAGGCCUGCCUUCCCUUUGUCUCAAGCAGGUGUUUCCAAAGUAUGCUAAGCAGUUUAAUUAUCUGCGACUUGUGGACAAAGUGGCUGCAUUGUUUAUCCGAUUCCUUGGUGUAAAAGGGACAACAAAGUUGGGGCCAACAGGUUUCCGAACGUUUAUAAGAAACUGCAAACUGAGUAACAGCAAUUUUUCAAUGGCUUCGGUAGAUAUCUUAUACAUUGAUAUCACGAGAAGGUGGAACAGCAUGGGAAUCGAUCACAGAGAAUCAGGAAUGUGUUUGCAAGCCUUUGUGGAAGCUUUCUUCUGCCUGGCUCAGAAAAAAUACAAGUCGCUUCCUCUUCAUGAGCAAGUGGCAUCAUUGAUUGACUUCUGUGAGUAUCAUCUGGCUGCCCUGGAUGAAAAGCGCCUGGUGUGUGGACGAGGGAUUCUGGAGCGCCGAAGUGCAGUAGCUACUUGUCAGACUGAAGGACUUCAACUUACAGUAGCUGCACAUAACACCCCUCCUAAAGCACAGAGCCACAGCUAGUAAAUUUGCAGAUAAUCGAAAUCAUCGCUAUUAGCAGUGUUAUUUCACCAGGGUGGAGCAGGGAGAGACUGAGGGAACUGAGAAUUAAUCUCCAGGUAUGUACAUACUGCAGCAGGUGGAAAAGACUAUUGAAUUCCUUCAUCCGAUGGUCACAAUUUGUUUAUUACAGCUGCUUCUUUUUUAUUUAUGCUCUUCAAAAGGUCAACUGCAAGGUCCCAUUCUCAAAUAAUGAUCCUCCUUCACAAUGGCUUUUUUUUUUUUUAACGUCUCCAUUGAACCUGCAGUACACCUCAGUGACAAAUUGUGCUUUUAUUCAGCGUGUGAAGACAAGGAACAGAAAUGCAGUGGGAUGAUAACCACCACCAUGGGAUUGGUUGAACUGAGAGGCAUACUCAUGCCAAAGGAAUUACACUAUUUUGUAUGCACUGAAUGUAUCAUGAAAACCAAGUAAGAAGCUGCAGUUUCAAAUAGCUCGUGUGCUUUGGAGAACUAAAACCUGGAAUUGCAUUUCUGGUCAGACAUUAGGCUUUUGACCCUGAAACAGCAACUUGAACUGUACUUGUUGGUAUCAGCACAGAUGUGCUCGUUGUCUAUGGCUAUGUAGUUAUGUUUUUUUAGUCGAUCUUAAAAACACUGACAACAUAUUUUGGCUUCUAUUUUGUACGUCUUUGCCAUGACAAGUACUGUUAAUUUUUUUAAAGAAAAACUAAAGAUGUUUAUCCUUUUGCUUCCACACAAAAAAAUAAGAUCACACUUAUUCACAGGAGAAAAAAAAAAGUCAAAUUUGGUUAAUUAAGUGGUGCUUUUGUCUUCAGCACUGUCUAAGCACUGCUUCUGCAAAGAACCUUACGGUGUAAGGUGUAAAGAGGUCAUCUAGGUUCCAAUGAAACCAAUCCUGUCACUGACUUUAGGUUAAACUAAUUGCAUUCUAGGUUUGCUUCUCUUAUAUACUUUUUGGGUGUUUGUUAUCCUAUUUGGAAAUGCAUUAACAUCUGGAGCAGAUAUUUUUUUCUUUGCACAUAUCUUCAUAUUUUCCUUAAGUACAACUUUCUACAAAUUAGAUCUUUAUUAUUUAACAGGGUGUUUUGUCAAGAAUGCUGGACUAUACCACUGGAGCUCUUUUGGAGGAGUUCUACAGAAUAGUCUUAUUUUUCAAGAAAUGAACUGUGAGUUCCAUAAUCACACUCUUCUUGGGGGUGGGGGGGGAGCAGAGACAUGAGAAUGGUUGUAAAGAACAUGAGUAACUUGGAACUUCAGGGCUGCUCAGUCAUUUUUUUUUAUUGCCUCAUAUUUUAUUACCAUAAUGUAUCUCUACAUAGCUUGGUUUUUCUCCUCUGUUCUGUUCUUUACUGUUAAUAAUCUUCUUGUGUUCUAGUGUUCAUCAUACUGUCAAAAACCUCAAAGUUGUAAGGCAGCACAAUGCCUGGGCAGUUAGGCUUGGAUUUGAGAAAAUUACCUGAUCUUGAUGUCUAAAUGUUCAAGUGGCUGGCAUAUCAGAAGUGUUAUCUGGAAUACGCGAAGUGUGUUGUCAAUACAGAGAAAGUCCACACAUUUAAUGUCAGAGACUAAAUGCACACACAAUAUUGAGUGACUUUUUACUCUAGGAAAAGUUUAGUAUUUACUUUCUUGAUUUUUAGGUUUAAGCAGCAUGUGCUUUUCCCAAGUGGCAAUCAGUAGCAUGGCAAUACAAUGUGGAAGUCCACACGUUUAAUGUCACGGACUAAAUGCACACACAAUAUUGAGUGACUUUUUGUUCUAGGAAAAGUUUAGAAUUUACUUUCUUGAGUUUUAGGUUUAAGCAGCAUGCAUUUUUCCCAAGUAGCAUGGCAAUAGAAUGCAGAAGUCAAGCUGCGCCUGCAAGAAACUAAUAUCUAGCAUGUGUUAAUAACAGAUGUGGGCGUAGCUUCUUCUCUUCUUCCUCUAUAACAGAAAUAAGAGUAAUAGUAGACUAUUUUUUUUCAGUGGCUAGACAGUUUGAAACUUUGUGUUGUAUACAAGAGGGUGAUUGUAGACUAAUGCCACUGCCCUCUGCCUUGUUUAAGUUUCAUAAAGAUUAUUGCAGUAUGAAGAUAAAAUGCCAAACUCCAAGGGUCUGGCAGCUGUCAGAACAAAUGAAGCUGAAAGGGUCAUUUUUUUUUUUUCACACUUUCAUUGUAAUAUAUUUGAAGGCAUUCACAAGUUGAAAAAUGGUUACUUCUCAUUUUGUGACAUCUGACAUUUGUCUUGCAAUUGGCAGUGUGUUACUAGAAAAUAGCUUACAGUUGCUCUCAUCUUGUGAUUGAUGUCCUGUAAAGACAGAGUUAUAGAAGACUAAGAUUUGAAAUGGUAUAAAUGCGAAUACCUUUCUUUGGAGCUUUCUAGUAGUACAAUCUAUGCCCUAAAAUAUUGUGGGAUUUUUUUUGCUAUGAUUUAAGUUACCCUCAUAUCAGUGAAUUAAAUUAACUAUUGUAUAUAAUGAACACUAGCAAGAUCUCAAUUUUGAGAUCUUUAUAUUCCCUGGAUCAAAUACUGAUUUUCAUAAGCUGUGCAUACACAGGCUGAUGCAGUAUACCCUAUUUAUUUCCACUUUCAAGUGUGAAGGGUCCCCUGUAGAAUAGAUAAAAUAUUCAAUUAUCUGCCUCUAGUAACCCAGUGUUCAUAUAUUUAUAUAAUUGGAAAAUUGAAUGCCGUAUUAUUCUCGGGGGUGGGAGGUGGGGGGUCUUGGAGUAAAAUAGGAGUGUGCUUCAGAGACCUCACAACAAAGUCACACUUCCCUUCCCUUCUAUCUAAUGCAAUUUCCUCGCAAUAUUAUUCAGCAUCCAAAGCAAUUUCACAUAGCUUUUAAGUUAGCAGUCUGCAAACACAAGAAAAUGACCAGAGAUGCAGAAUUCAGAAUAUGAAUGCUAAUGCACUGAUAAUCUGUUAAUCCUGAGAUAGCUUUCCAGCAGAAGAAGCAAUAAUGAAAGGUAUGCAAGUGUUGUUUUUUAAUAGUACUUUUCUAUAUAUUAUUUUCAGAGAAUAAUAUGCUCACAAACAGAAUACUGAAUGCUAUAUACAAACAUUGCAUACCAGUGAAAUCUUUCUUGUUAUCAGACGCAAUGGGUCGGGUAUUUUUCACUGGAUAUAAAUCAAAAUAAACCACCUAAACAUCUAAAGCAGAUUUGAGGCAAGUGUGUCCAGAAUUUCAGUCCAGUCAUUCCCCUUCCCUGCAGGCUUUUAUCUAGCCUGAAUGCGCCUGAAUUCACUAGGUGACUCCUUGCUCAAUGUAAAUGAGUUGUUACUCUGCAUGGAGCUGUUGUAGUCUAAGUUGCUUGAAAUUUGUCUUCUGCCUAAACUUGAUUUGGCUCUUGAAACAGAAUCACUCUCUCUGCCUGGAUCACUUUACUUGCCAUGCAGUCCUAGAUGCUUUCUUUCAAAACACAGUUGGAAAGGGAGAUGUUGAGCUAAUUAUAAUGUCAAUGCUUGCUCAGGUGUGAGACCCAAGUCCACCUGCUUCAGAGUUUGUCUUCUCAGUGGGAGCUCUUCCCCCCCUGCUCUGCAGGUGACUCCCUUCUAUCUGCUCUAUGCCUCUGGUUGCAUUAAUCUUGUGUUCAGCCUAUCAUCAGGUGGUCAACAGCCUAUCAUCAGGUGGUCAAAGCACCCUUCUAAGAGAUGGGGGAUACAGUUUGGAAACCCAUGUGAUGACAAGCGAUGUCCUCUCCCAUCUGAGCCUAGCCUUGCAUAGUUCUUUGGAAACGGGGUAGGUGCCUGCCCUCAUACUGGGUGCGCCGGUCAGAGGGGGCUGGAGCCUCUGCAGAGAUUUUGGGGGUGCGAAAAGGGCACUGCUCCGUGCUGUGGGAUGUGGGAGUUCUCAGGGCAGUGUCACACUGAGGCUGUAGGUGUAGAGCCUCAGGAGGAGCAGCUGCCAGCUGGAUCCUGCCUGGUCAGUGCCUUGACUGCUGCACCUACUUGUUAUGGCAUGAGCUAUAAAUUACUUGCAACAUGCCCUUCAUAGGGAUGUGAAGCAGUGCCCUGACCAACUUUGUGCUUGCCUGCACUCGUAGCCUGUUAGGCUUUACAGAGGGAAAGAGCUUAAUGACAUCUCUGCUUCAUGUUGCCAACCGAGUGACUUCUCAUUCUGUGCUGACUUUUUUUGUGCAGUGUUUCCCUUGCACGCGAUUGUUCCCGUGUAUGAAACAGGAGCCUCAACACCUGCCACCAUGUGGACUUCAGCGCUGGGCUGGCAUUGCAAAUCAGUCAUUAUGACAGCUCUCCGUUCCUCGCCAGCCCCGUGUCUGACCUUAUUCUGAUUUCUGUCUGAUGGACAGUGACAAUCUGCUUCUAAAUAUUACCUACUUCCCUCUUCAUUUGUUUCCUUUUCCAUCAUGCUUUACUGUGGUUCCUCCUAAUUCCAAAAUUCUGUUUUUCAACUUGCCUAAUAAAGUGAUAUGGUCAAUUUGGCUGAA